CCCAAUUUGGCAACUUUAUUAAUUGGAUUACUGGUCGAAUGGCAUUUGUCAAUCAGUGUAUUAGGCACUCCAUUUGUGAUUGCAUUUUUUAUAUAUAAAUGGCGAAGGAGGCACUUAUCAAUGUAUGACAAUGUUGAAGAAUUUCUACAAGGCCAAAAUAACCUCAUGCCAAUAAGGUACUCUCUCUCAGAAAUUAAGAAAAUGACUAAAGGUUUUAGGGAAAGAUUGGGUGAAGGAGGAUAUGGCAAAGUAUUUACAGGAACACUUCGAAGUGGACAUCUUGUAGCAGUAAAGAUGUUAAGUCAAUCCAAAGCAAAUGGGCAAGAUUUUAUCAAUGAAGUAGCAACCAUUGGAAGGAUCCAUCAUGUGAAUAUAGUGCAACUCAUUGGUUUUUGUGUACAUGGUUCAAAGCGUGCCCUUAUAUAUGAGUUCAUGCCCAAUGGAUCUCUAAACAAACACAUUUUUUCACCAGAAGCAAAUAACCUCAGCUACGAGAAAAGAUAUGAUAUUGCUUUAGGAGUGGCUCGCGGGAUUGAGUAUUUACAUCAAGGAUGUGACAUGCAAAUUUUACAUUUCGACAUUAAGCCUCACAACAUUCUUCUUGACGAGAAUUUUAAACCCAAAGUUUCGGAUUUUGGCUUAGCGAAAUUGUACCCGGUGGAAGAUAGUAUUGUUCCUUUGACUCAUGCAAGAGGAACGUUUGGAUACAUGGCUCUUGAAAUGCUUUACAAAAAUAUUGGAGGUGUUUCAUACAAAGCUGAUGUCUAUAGCUUUGGAAUGUUGUUGAUGGAAAUGGUGAGCAGAAGAAAGAACUUGAAUGUAUCUACAGAACAUUUAAGUCAAAUUUACUUCCCCACUUGGGUAUAUGAUCAAUUCCAUGAUGGAAAGAAUAUAGAAAUACAAGAUGCUACUGAAGAUGAAAGAAAACUAUGUAAGAAGAUGAUGAUAGUCGCAUUAUGGUGCAUACAAUUGAAGCCUAGCGAUCGUCCAUCAAUGAACAAAGUCGUCAAAAUGCUUGAAGGAGAUGUUGAAUGCUUGCAAGUUCCUCUCAAGCCUCACCAACCAUCACCAAAGAGAGAGAUAAAGGAUGCUAGAGAUAAUUCAAAUCAAGCUUCAUCAUCAAUUCAAUCAGAUCAAUCAAGUCUUACUUAA